UGGUGGUGAUGUCAUGGCCACGAGAGGCAGGAUAGUGCUGUUAGUAUGCUGUGCCGGCUCCGUUGGUGGGUGUGUGUGGCGAAGGCAAGGAACAACUCCGUUAAGUGCAGAUAGCUUGUGUCAGAGGCUUACAGUUGUCGUCAGCACUGAGAGCAGAAUUUGGGACUCUUCAAAAGCAAUACUGAAUCGGAAAUUUCCCAGUCAUUCAUAACUCUGAAGCUGCCUAACUCUUUGUGUGCAAGAGGGGGGGAUGCCAGCCCGUAGCAUGGACUGUGAUGUCUCCACUCUGGUUGCCUGUGGGGUGGAUGUGGAGAUUUUUACCAAUCAAGAGGUUAAGGAGAAAUUUGAGGGCUUGUUCCGUGCCUAUGAUGACUGUGUGACUUUCCAGCUGUUUAAAAGCUUCAGGCGUGUGCGGAUAAACUUCAGUAGUCCUAACUCGGCUGCUCGUGCUAGGAUAGAGCUGCAUGAAACACAGUUCAGAGGGAAAAAGCUAAAGCUAUACUUCGCACAGGUCCAGACCUCUGAGACAGAUGGGGACAAGCUUCAUUUGGCUCCACCACAGCCUGCAAAACAGUUUCUCAUCUCGCCUCCGGCCUCUCCUCCUGUAGGAUGGCAACCAAUAGAUGAUGCAACACCUGUCAUCAACUAUGACCUUCUUUAUGCAGUUUCUAAACUAGGACCAGGAGAGAAGUACGAGCUGCACGCAGGGACAGAGUCCACCCCGAGCGUGGUGGUGCACGUCUGCGACAGCGACGCAGAGGAAGAAGAGGACCCAAAGAAUUCUCCCAAACCAAAAAUUAUCCAGACCCGGCGCCCCGGCCUGCCUCCUCCGGUAUCUAACUGAGUAUCCCCAGCAGAAGCAGCACUCCCCUCCUCAAGCUCGCCUCUUUCUUUCUCUGUUUGCUUGGUUUUGUUGAAGGGCAGCUGUUGCCACAUGGGUACUAGGACAUCCAGCUCAUUGAAAUCCCUUCCCUUUGACUAAGCCUAUCUAAUGAAAGGGCUAGGAAAACAUCUUUUGACUACAUAAGCAUAUCACAUGCCAUCUGGAAGGGGCUAAAACCAGCUGGGGAGGGGUUUUCACUGCAUAAUGCUGCACACCAUAACGAUAGCAGAGCCAGAAGUAUCACCAAGUACACUAGUGAUGGGCACAUUAGCUGGCAUCAGGACUAAUAUUCACACACCAGAACAUCAGUUUCUGCUCCCCUUCCUAAAGGAGGGCUCAAACCUGGCUUCCCCCUUCUCCCUCAUGUGUUACCUGGUUUUAUUUUAUGAGGUGGCAGCUUGAUGGCCUUAAACCAUUCCCCUCCACCUGCCAAGCAGGGAGGACCCCACAGCCCCCCCUGGGAACUUGCUCUGGGGAGCAGCAAGUUCACUACAUUUUUCAGCAAUAGUAGAAGGAAUGAAACACUCCUGCCCCUUCAGCUGCAGAAAACACUAGCCCUCUCAUUCUGGCGGUAGCGUGCCGUGGGCAGUGGAGGCCAAAGCAGCUUAUGAAGGGUCAGAUGUCCUUCAUUUUUUUUUCUUCCAAUGAAAGAAGCCAGGCUGCCAGCAGUAGGGAAUCCUCACUUUCCCUCUCAUUAGGAGCAGUACAAGUGGUACUUCCCUCUCCUGCUCUCUUGAGUUUAAGGAAGAAGAAACCAUCUCUCGAUUGCAUUGUCUAUUCUUUGCUAUCUCACAGUAGUAGCAAACCCCAGGAGUAGGUAGAGGUUUCUGGGGUGGCUAAAUAGCCCUGACACUCCAGCUAUUAGCAAAUAUUUGCCCAUCUCAAAUAAUCAGCUUUUCCCUCCUUUGCUUGAUGUGUUUUAGGCCCAUAUUGAGGUGUAUGCAGUCUUUUUUUCAGGCCAAAUAAAACAGGACCAUCAUUAAACUUGAACUUAAACUGCAUGAAAUUUACUUGCCUGUUUCACGCGGUCCUGCACACCCUUGCCACUCACAAGAUGUGCAGAAUUACCAAUGCUUUCUUAAGCUUUCAUCGUGGCUGGUAGCAGGCAGUACUUAAGAGACAUCCAAAGUUUCUAUCUGGGCUGAUCCUCCACGUUAAUUUUUCUCAUGCGCACUCACCAUUUUGAGAACAUGCUUUAGGGAUCUAAGCCCUGAAUUUGCAAGUACAUAGGCAUGUGCUUAACUUUAGGCAUAUUAGUAGUUCCAUUGAAAUUAAUAUUAGAAAAAAAUUAAGCAUGUGCAUUAAACACGUCAGGAUCAAGGCACAGUGAAUUGCAGUUCUGCUUCCCUUGAAGUGACUCAAAGCUCUUCUGCUCAACACUUGGAAGCUCGCUCUAGGUUCUGAAAGCGAUACUCAUUUCUGUCAUCAAGAUUCUGCCAUAAAACCUUGGGAGUGAGUUUCUGAGAGAAGGCAGGAUCUGAAUUAAUGAUGUGGAUAUUCAGGUUUCAGUAGAAUCGAGCUCACAUUGGUCUUGGCUUAGUAAAUUCAGAGGAGCAAAAGCAGAUUUGUCACUGCACUCUGCAGAAAGAGUGCUUAAAACACAUGGGGAGAACACAUCUGAGAGAGUAAGAACAGGCCAUUUUUAUACUUCCCUAACCAUUGCCAUUUUUGAGUAUUUUUGCUGAACAGGAGUUUUGCCUGUGCACAAACCUUAAAGCAGUGCUUCUCAGUGCAUAUGGGCAUUGCUUUGCAUAUGAUAACACCUAGGUUAAACGAGCAUGUUCGGUGCAAAAGAAAUUGAUGUAACCUAAAAGGGACUUGACUAACAGCUUUUUGGUCAGGAAGUAAAUGCUCUUUUAAAGAAUAGGUUUUCAGAUGUUUCACUUUGUUGCUUUACAGUGAUGCAUUCAAAAUUGAUUCAAACAGUGAAAAGUGUAUGAUUUUGAAUAACCAUGUACUCGGGGACUACAAUCUGAGCACUCUGAUUGCAAACAGUACAGAAAGCAACUUCGUACAAGGAGUACAAUCCUCUUUUUAGUCCCCAAGUAGAUGAAAAGCUAGUUUGAUAUUAGGACCCAUUGGUUUUAGACAGGAUUACACUUGAAUAGUACUUUUACAUGACGGUUAAAUUGAACACGUUCCUCAGUAAAAUAGUCGCUUUGACGUGGAAGACAUUUUAAGACCAGAUCCUCAGCUGUUCUGUCAUCAUAGUUCCACUGAAUCCAGUGUACAUUAACUGAGGAUCAGGGGGGCAUACUUAGUCCCUGUAACACAUCCAAACUUUUGGGAAGUUUGGAUCUAUAAUGUUUAGGUGCCACUCUGAUUCACACAUCUUACUGUGAGUGAUGCAGUUUUAGUUCAAUGUUUUCUUAAAUGUCUCAUUAUCUCAAAGUGCACUAUGGGAUACAUGUAUGAGGAACAGUUAAAAGUUGGCUCCGUUCACUGACUACUCUCUGUCCUAAAAGUGGGGCUGUCGGAUACUAUCCUGGAAGGAGUGGGAAACAGCUUCAUUUCUAAUCCCCAGAAAUAUAACCACAGUUAGAAGAUUGGAGUAACUCAGAGAACAUCCAGUGGCAGCUGCAAUCAAGGUUUAUAAAUCAUCCGGUGGCAGCUGCAAAUCAAGGUUUAUAAAUCACUUUAUAUAAAUUGCCUUUGGCAAAGAAAAAUAAUUCUGAUGAUAUAACCUCACUACCAUGACACUAAGAGCAUUUGUAAGUUUGUCGAGAGAGCUUUGUAUCUCACCAGCAGCCAAAUCCUGACUGGUGUAAAAAACAGGCUUAUGACCAUUUUGAAUUGUAAAUGUUUAGGUAAAAUUAGGAGUUCAGAUCUUCUGUUUCCAUAGUAGGCGAAACCCUUAUUGACUUCAGUGGGGAUUUAUCUGUGUAGCAACUACAGACUCAGCUACUGUCUUUCACUUGUCUAUUUGCAACACUGAGAAACUGAUUCUGCUUUGUAACUGCUAUAAAUCAGGACUAUUAGCUGCAUUACAUUACUCCUAAUUCGUGUUGAUUUCAGUGGUUAAGAAAUUCUCCCAAUUCUUUUAAUUUGCUUUCCCAGUCAGAGUAAGGCACUAUUGAAAUGGUUUACCAGCAGUGAAAUGGCACCCUCUUGUGGCUCCUUUGAUCACAUUUCUGGUUAGAAAUGAAGCCAAUAGUGGAAGAAGUCUACAAGUGCUGUUUCUGUUCUCCUCUCUUGAUUUGUCCUCUCCAGUUUUCUCAGAAUUUAGACUCUUAAAUAUACAAAUACGUAUACAAGGUAUGUGACCACCCUACAGUCAAAGCAAGGAGUUCAGAUAUUUCAAAUGAGAAGUGUGGAGAAUGUGUAAAGCCCUAGUACCCCCCUCGAGCUGCUGGAGAAACCCUCGAGCCCUCGUGGGGUUCCUGUCAUCAGUGGAAUAAUGCACUAGCAGGUCUUCAUGCUCAAGCUGAAGGCAUUUCUCACUUACAGGUCUUGUGGCAAAACCAACCAUCAAAGCCUUGCCCCACUGUCUGACCGAAAUGGAUCUGUCCUUUUGUUAAACCUUAAAUAAGGUCAAAAUAUGUCAAAACCUGCUCUUUUCACAUUUAUUUUGCUCCCAAUUUGGCUAGUUCUCUUUUCAUUCAGCAACAGUGAAAAAGGCCUUUCUUGAGACAAAGGGAAUGUCUUGCGAUCAGCCGUUAAGUCAUUGUGCAAGAUAUGAUUACAGCCCUGUGUUCUCACACUAUAACAGUUAACCACGUAGCAGCAUUUCCAUUAUUCUGAACACACUUUAAAAAUAUUCUAAUUUUAUUUUAUAGGAGUAUUAAUGUUAUUAGCUAAUGAAUCACUUUUGCACUUGUAUAACUGAGAGCUUAGUUUUAAAAAAAUAAAUAUGGCAAACAAGGAGUUCUUGAUGUGUUCUUCUUGCUUUGGCAUUUUGAAAAGGGAUCUUUAAUGCUAAACUAUUCUGAUGAUCUGGCUAGCGUGAUGCUCACUGCUGGAUAGAUCAGAACUGCUUAAAUGUACAUCACAGGCCACGUACUGGAGGUGAGUUAAAGUAACCCUGUGCUUUUGGAGGAGGAAGUUAAAGGAAAUGAGUAACAAUUGCAAGCUUGCUCUUCAGUCACUGUUGUUCUCUGGAGAAAUUAUGACUUAAUUCCUGGCAGGAUAUGAAGCACAAUUCAAAUCUGAUAUAUAGUGCGGUGACUCCAGUGACUUUCUUGAAUUUGCACUGCUUUAUAUCCUACCAUAACUGAAUUUGCCUGGGAUUGUGCACAAGCAGUAUCUUGCAUCACUCCAAAAGAACAAAUAUGUGUCCCUGCCAACUUGAAAUGGUUCCAUAGAUACUGUUAUAAAGAUAUGGGCAAACAUAGGGGGUGUGUGUGUGUGUAUACCUAUAUAUAUAUAUUUAAAUAGGUAUAUAUUAAAUAUAUUAAACACACACACAUAUAUAUAUAUAGGUAACUUGGCAUUGAGAUAAUACCCAAUUUAAAAAAUAAAAUCUACUAACAUAGAUUAGCAUACCUAUUACCACAAAAUACCAGAGUACUGGCUUGUGGUCUACCAUGUCAACUUAUGUAAGGUAUUUUUCUUCAUCUUCUGCAACAAUGUUGAAGUAUUGUGGUUGAGGCAGAAGACUAGGAACUCAGAGAUCUGGAUUCUCUUAACUUCUCAACCAUAGAUUUCUUGUAUUUGACCUUGUGCCAGUCACUUACGUCUGAAUUUGCAAAUGUAACUAGUGAUUUUGGUGCCCAAUUUGAAACACUGCAAGGGGAGCUGAUUUUCAAGGGGAAAAUGGGGAUUCUUUGUGAAAACUAACUCUUAAGAACUGAAGCACCCCAAGCUCUCAGUAUCUGAACUGUAAAAAGGCAAUAAUUUAUCAAAGGCUUUGGGAUCCAGGGUUGAAAUAUCUGUAUAACCCCUCACUACUUUUUAGGGUUAUGCUGCCUGGGUACAGCAUGCAAGCUACAAGUAAGAUGUUUUAUCUGAUCUUUCUUUUAAUUUAAAAAUAGUCUUUGUGCAAUUUGUGUCCAAUAGUGUGUGGAAAGGAAAACUACAGGCCCUGAAAUCAGUUCAGAGGUUGCAAUAGUGAAUACCUGGAUUUUCAGAGAGGCCUCAACUUGGCCUCCAUACGGGCACAUCUUCAUAACAAAAUGCACAUGCACAAAACUCCAAUAGGUACUAAAUCCGCAGACAAAAAUGGGGGGUUACACCUCUGUAUUGGGCAUUAGCAUGCUCAAGCGAUAGCAUGCAGUAAGACUCUGAUCCUCCAAGGUGCUGAGUGACUCCCAAAAGUCAACGGGAUCUGAAGGCAUUUCUCACUUACAGGAUUUGGGCUGUGCCUUAUUGGCUCAGUCCCUGACUGCGUGCAGUCAGUUUUGCAAGUGAAGUUGUGCAAAUGCAUUAUUAUGGAUCGUGCAUAGGGCUGUAUAAAAUACAAAGAUACUCCAUGGUCCAGAAGAGCAAGCAUUGGCUAGGACUGUUCUUGUUACCAAUUCACUACUUGCACCUAAGUCCCAGAGGGGUCUCAGCACCUUGCAAGAUUGGGCUUAAUGCUUUGUGCUGCCUGAUGACAAAAAGCUUGUGACUGAUUCAUUAGAAUAGUUGCCAGCUUCAGUACAACAAUUUAUUUGAGGAGAUCAUGACUCUGUAGUACUCUGACAUGGAGCUGGAACUAUUUUCCCUGGGAGAGGGAUUUUGAGCAGGUCAUUAAGAAUAACCUUGAUUAAAAGUAAAUACUGAGUCUCCUGCUGGCCAGCAGAGCUCAGAAUCACAGAACAAUACUAGCAGGCUUCCUCCUUUAUGUUCGGGAUCCUUUAAUGAACAGCAUUUGUAUGAAAUAAAAAAACAAAUCAGUGCUGUAGUUCUUUAGCCACCCCACUGAUUUAUGAAAAAGUGAAGCCAUAUCUGAUCUUGAAGCUUUUGUACUCCUCUUCAAUAUCAGCAAUAUCAAUUACUAGAAUGUACUGGGUUUGCUUGUUGGAAAAAGCAAUGCCCAGAUUAAAAUUCUGCAGAGAUCCUAGCCUUUCUUCCCCCCCAGCAUCAUGCUACUGUAAUCAGCAGUCCUGUUGGUAAGGAUUUUGGCCGUGUUUGUUUUAGAAAGUCUAGUAGCUCACACUUUGUCCUAGAUUAAUCCCUACAGAAGAUCAUCUUUGCAAGAAGAUGUACAGUCUGACUAAAAGCUUCUCUACAGGUGCUGCACCUCUGGGUAGAUGUGCAAGCAGGGGUUUGCUGCAAGAGCUCUCUGUUGUCUAAUAUGCGUAACUGGAGCCCCCUGUAGCUGCUUUGGCUGGGAAGAGAACAUGUGCAUCUAAAAGACAGCAUAACUGUAUUUCCCUUUACUCCCCGUGGGACAGUGAGAUCAAGGAUCCUGUGAGAUCCUGAGUCCGCGGGAUUCGAGCUCAGAAGGCAUAAGGAAGCCUUCAAAUCACCUCAUUCCUUUCAUGGGGGUUAGGUUUACCUAACACAUGCACACUCCCAGAGCAACAGUAAAAACCACCCGUUGACUCUUGGAUACCAGUCUCCUGGCAAUACAGCAGCUACAGGACACUCAGUAGCAGACAUCUGGCUUGGGUGAGGACAGGGAACUUGAUCCUGCGAGGCACCGGUGAUCCUCACAGUCAAUAGGAAUUACAGACACUUAGCACCCAAAUAAAGACUUCAGGAUCUAACGCCAUAAAAUUUGGUAGCCAUGACAUACACAAUAUGGUCCAAUCUUGCUCUCACUGAAGUCAACAUGGGCUUUCCCGCUGCCUUCAGAGUAGGAUCAAGUGAGAAGAUGUAAACCGGUCUGUCUGUUAGACACUAGAAAAUCAGCCUUGUUUAAUACAUCAUUGAACGUGACUGGCCAUUAAUCUGGUGCAAAUUCAUUGUGUCUACAUUAGUGCUCUGACGACAUACACCGUUCAGUUUAGCAAAUAUGAAUGUUUUGAAUCCGUUCUACAGCAGCGUGCUCCACGUUCAGACAUUUCUGACAGGAAUGUUGUCAUCCUUAUCGACUGAUCCUUAAUGUUGAUUUGGCAGACUGUCUUAGUGUGGUUAGCUACAUAAGUAUUUCAUGUAUGUUAUGUGGAUCUGAGACCACUGCUCAUGUUCUCCUCAUUCAAGUGUCUGGAUUUCUGACACAGAUGUGACAUAUCUGUACAUAUUAUAAAUCAAUACUAUUUUUAACCAUAUAUUUUGUACAAAUAUUCACAUUAGCUCUGUACUUCAGUGGAAAUCUAAUCUGGUAUUAAACAUUUUGGUGGAAUUAA